CAGCUCUUCUCGUCCCGCCAACAUGAACUCUCUGGUGGUAGUGGUGCUGGUGGCGGUGAUGGUGGCAGGGGUGACAGGGGCAGGUCGCAGUAGGAGAUCUGCAAGUCCUGAUCCCUGGCACAGCGUCCCUAUACCGUAUGUGCGGCCCCACGUCGUACAAUACACUCAGCCCAGGUACGUCGUCCAGCAUUCAGUCGUCGUGCCGCAUCACCCCGUGUGGCCUCAUGAUGACGAAGACGACCAUUACGACCGCAAGAAGCGCAGCGCUCCAGCUGAUGAAUCCGCCAGUCGCCAGAAGAGAUCUGCGGACUUCGACGACGACCUGCUGUGGUACCGCCCCGCAGUGAGCCCCGUCGUGUAUUCAAGACCUGUGGUGCGGCCUUUCGUGCAGACCGCCGCGGUGCGCCCCACCUUCUUCCACCCGGGCCACCUCGUCUUGGGACAUGGCUACUAUGAAGACAAGUAAACAGGAUGGCAAUAAUUCUCCAGGAUUAUCUGGUCCAGCUGCUGAAUCUUGUCACCAUUUGGCCUCACAAUUCUCAGUAAAAUCAAGGCAUUGUCAAAACCACAGUUGCUGAUCCGUGGCCAUUUUUGUAAUUACAGUAAUUUGAUCAAUAAAAUUUUCAGUGCAA